UAUACGAAUUCUUUCAAAAGGAGCGAUGAAAAUGGCGGUGCCUGACGAAGGAGGUGAAGAAGGUUUUGGUCUGAGCGACACGACUUCGUUUUCGAAACAAUCGAAGAAACUCGGAGAUGAUGAACCGGAGUCGAAUGUAAAUGCUGUCGCCAAGGAAGAACCGGAGGCAGCUGCGGCGGGGAUUGAGAGUAGCGGAGCCGAUACUCGCGGCGGAUGUGACGAUCAGAAAGCUCUGUCAAAAGAAGAGUUAAUGGAAGGGUUAAACGAGUUGGUUGCAGCGCCAUUUUUGACAAAAACGUUUCAAAUGGUGGAGGAUCCGGAAACCGAUCCAAUUGUUUCGUGGAAUAUCCACCGCAAUAGCUUCAUCGUUUGGGAUUCUCAUGAAUUCACUGCGAAUCUCCUUCCCAAAUACUUCAAGCACAAUAAUUUUUCCAGCUUUAUCCGCCAACUCAACAUUUAUGGCUUUAGGAAGAUUAAUUAUGGUAGAUGGGAAUUUGCGAAUGAAGGGUUCCAAGGAGGAAAGAAGCAUUUGCUGAAUAGUAUAAAGAGAAAAACUAAACAUAAUUCAACAAAUAAUAUUGGAUUGGAAGCUGAGAUUGGGAUUUUGAAGAAAAAUCAGAGUGAACUGCAGAUGGAAGUUAUGAAACUGAGAAAAAAGAAUGAAGAAUCAAAUGAUAAAUUGAGUGUUUAUGAAGAUCGGAUUCAAUUUGCCGAAUGUAGGCAACAGCAAAUAUUCAAUUUCUUAGCUAAGUUAGUUAAAUUCCCCAGUCUGUUUCAGCAAUUGAUUCAGAACAAGCAGCAGCAAAAGGAGCUUUAUGAGGGGCAAUUUAGUAGCAAGAAGAGGAAGUUGCUUGAGACACAAGUCACAAAGAGCUUGCCUGAUACUAUGGAGACUGACCAAAGUGUCGCAAAGAGUGUGGCUAAGCUGAUGGGGACUGACCAAAGUGUCGGAAAGAACGAUGCUAAGCUGUUGGGAACUGACCAAAAGGUCACAAGGAACUUGACUAAGCCGAUGGGGACUGACCAAAGUGUCACAAAGAACUUGCCUGAGCCUAAGGAGACUGACCAAAGUGAUAUCUACUGUAUAAGCCAAAUUUAUCAGGAGGGAUUGGAAUCAACUCAAUUUAACAAUUUCACAAAGUUUUUGCAUGAUUGUGUGGAGAAAGAGUUUGGAACUUGUAUGGGGGAUCAAAAGAAUAUCAGUGCAGCAGAAAUGUCUUCUGUUUAUCAUGUUAUGGCUGAAAAUCUACUAGGGGGAAGUUCAUGUGUAGAAAAUACAACAAUUGAAGAAGGGUUAUCAUUGAAUGCUUCCGAUAUCUAUCUUGAGUUCGAGCAUUUGGUCAAAUCCUCUAGCUUGAGUGGAUUCGCCGGUGAUCAGCUGGUGGAGCAAACCGGCUCUGUCUGACCCAUAUCUCAGGAUAUCGGAUAUCGGAUAUCGACUGUAGGAGCACUGAGAACUAAAAGAACAAUUGACACUUGCAUGAAUUUCUUGAUGAUAGCAACAACAAAGGUUCAUACUUCGUAGCUUUCUAUAUUUCUCAGUUCCUUUUCCUAUAUGUUCUCUUCCAAAAUUACUGCUUUCUCUUAGAUUGUGAAAACUUUGAAUCAUAUAUAACAAUAUCUGGUCCUCUCAACAUGUAUAUAUCAAAAUCUGCUACUUAAAGGCUGAAAAUUAAAAUCAUGGUGUGUUACAUAUUUGAUGCUUGGC